GUCCGGACCGAGCCGAGCCGAACCGAGCCCAGCACAGCCCAGCUGAGCCCGGCCGAGCUAAGCUGAGCCCAGCCGGGCUCUCCCGCCGCCCGGCCGGCUGUUGACAAGCGGCGACGGGAGACAGCGCGCUCGUCCCCAUGUGGCGGACGCUGGCCCUCGCCUCCGCCUUCUUCCCGGGGCUCUUCAUCCUCUGCAUCCGGUUGCUGCGCUGGGCCGCCCCGGGAUGGAGCCUCAAGGACCGCAUCCUCCUCAGCGGCAGGCUGGUGUCAACAGUGCAAGCCACCAUGGCAACAGUGUCAGGGAUCACGGUUGUCCUCAGCUGCAAGAACGUGGUGCAUGACAGGCACUGGCUGGCUGUGGAGUACAUAUGGGUCCUGGUUCCCUACAUGACCUAUGACAUCUAUGUCAUGUACCUGUGCCACUGGCACAAGAGCCAGGAGAAGGGGAUCCUGGAGAAAAAGCACUCUCUGGCCAGCGUGUGGAGCUUCCUCCUGCAGGAGCGGCUGAUGGUGACCCACCACCUCUUCAUCCUCAUCGUGCUCACCCCCAUCACCCAGCACUUCAGGGGAGAGCUGGGGGACUUCUUCGUGGGCUGCAUCUUCAUAGCAGAGCUGAGCACACCUUUUGUAUCGCUGGGCAAAAUCCUCAUGCAGCUCAAAAUGCAGGACACGCUCCUGCACAAGGUGAAUGGGAUCCUCAUCCUAGUGACCUUCUUCCUGUGCCGCAUCCUCCUCUUCCCCUUCAUGUACGCGGCCUACGCCCGCCAGGUGGGGAUCCCGCUCUACCUGGUGCCGUUCCGCAUCCCCCUGCACUGCAACAUCGCCAACGCGUCCCUCAUCGCCCCCCAGCUCUACUGGUUCAGGCUCAUCUGCCGCAAGGCUGCCCGGCUCUACGGCGGCUCCCCGGCCCACCGGAGCAGAUAACGGAGCUGAUAACGGAGCAGAUAACGGAGCUGGCACACAGGCAGCCCCCGGCCCUUCCCCGGGACCGGGAGCAGCGGUUCUGCUGGAGCUGGAAGCAGCCUCCGGUCUCCAGUGCCGUGCCAGGCAGCAUCAGCCUGGGCGAGGAAGGUUUCCUCCCACACCGCUCCGGUGCUCCGUGUCCUCCCGCCGGGGUGGGAGCCGGCCUGGAAGCACGGCAUUCCCUGUGGGAUUCAGCUCUGCAGCACCGCCGAACCGAGGGUUCCACGAGAGGGGUUUGCUGCAGCCCCCCGGCGCGUCUCCCAGGGCUGGCACCGGCGCGGGGAUGCUGCAGCGAGCCCAGCCCCGGGGAUGGGGAGCUUGUGCCGGAGCUGCUGCAGCCCCAGCCAGGCCUGGAGCUGCAGCACAGCUCUGAGAGCCGUUCCUGACCUUUACUGACUUCAGCUCUACACUACAGCCUGCUCGGCCUCUGGCCUCCCAUGUGCACCUCCCGCUGCAGCUGCUGGGCUCAAGCUCCACUUACCCUCCGGUGCUUUCCACUGCAGUGUCUGACAGCCCUGGGGGACUCCCGUGUUCCCAGCAGGGCUGGAGGGCUCAUGCCACCACAGGGGAACGGUUCUGCUGUCUCAGGGCAGGAGGAGGACAGGAAGCUGCCGAGUCCUUGUCUCACCGCCACACAGGGCACUAUGCAGAGGCUACAAUUUUCCCUUCCUUAAGCACAGCUGCUUUUAUCUGCCCUGCAUCCCCUCAGGAGGAAUUUAAAACCAUCUGGUAGACAUUGCUCUGCUCUGCUCUCCAGCUGGCACCACCACACCCUGGGAACACCUGUACAAUGGAUCCCUCCAGCCCCAUCCCACCCGCCAUGGGGCUGCCAGGGACAGAACUGGGGCUGCACCGAAGGAUCCAGCAACCCCACAGCAGGAUCCUGAGCUGGUCCUUCACUGGUUCAGCCCAUUUCCACUUUCAGUCACAGCAAAAUGGGUACAGGCUCCCCAGCCCACCCUGCACCACAGGGUGUGUGCAUCAGACCACGGCUGCGUUCCUUCCCUGCAGCCGGCACCAGCCAGGGCAGGCACCUCCUCCUGCAGCUUCCUGUGCCUGCUCCAGGGCAGGAACAGCCCUGGCACAGCCCUGGCACAGCUCCAUGCCCAGAGACCUGUGACCACUCUGUGCCUUUCGUUCUGUCUGAAACCAGCAGCCAAGCUCUGGGAAACCUGGAUCUUUUGGGUGUUGGAUCUCAUCCCAACCACGGCUGCUGUUCUGGAUAUAGUGUAAAGUAACAAAAAGGGCCUCUUCUGACCUGUGGUUGCUGUUGCAGAGACACCACAGUCACAGUAACCACGGAUGACCACAGAGACCAGUUGAUGUUACAAACAGCUUGCAACUCAUUACAGAUGUUGUAUCUCACUGUUUUCAUUGCGAAAAAUGUGCCUUAUGUAAGGAGAAAAAAAAACCUCCAGCCAAUGAGGCACCUCAGUUUGCACUAACACUGCCCUAUUUACUGUCAGGAGACCAAUAAAGAUUUCCUC